UCAAAGCUCGCGCAAGCGUACCGCAUGCGAAUCGGAAAAGAGCCGACUCCGAUCGGAAAAUCAUCUCGAGUCGCGAUCGAUCAGCCGGCAUUUUCUGGCCCGCCACUCUGGAUACGGUUUCAAAUCGCAAAACGUGCCAAGCUCCUUGGAAAAUGUGCGAAAAUUGCUAAUUUAAACAACGCUCCCAUGUGACGUAUGCGUAAUGUGACCACUGUGCGGAUAAAUGUAAUAUGCUUACCUGAGUAUAAAUAGAUACGACUAUAUGUGUAUGUGUGUCAUUGACUAGGAAUUUUGUUUCGUCUGCAAAAUGUGCAAAGUUUUUUACUGUUUACAUGGCGAAAUUCCAAGAGUCCCAAACUGAGUCACUGGCUAAGACAAAAUGAGAUAAGAUAACCAUUUACAAGUAGUAACCAGUACAAAGUAGAAAAUUAAAUAAUGAUUAUAAAGGUUUUUUUUUAACAUAAAAAUAAAUAAAUUAUACGUUAUAUAUAAGCCAAUUAGUAAUCAUGUAAAACUCUUUGCACAACAACUCUAAACAGAACCAAAAACAAAUGUUAAGUGUGAAGAAAAUUAAAAUGAUAAAUAUAAAUAAGUGUUUUUUGUAAAGCGUUCAACGCCGGCUCUGUAGAUGUAUUACGAAAACGAAUUUAACGAAAAAGCAUAAAGGAAAAAUCCACAAAAGUACGUGCUAUAAAAAGUGUAUAAAAAGGGCAGAACGAACGAGGAAUUUGGUGCAAGAAGCUGGCCAAAAUCGACUUGAAAGGAUUCGCAGCUGGAACUGCAUCCAUCCAGAUACUAAUACAGAUUCGGAUACCUUUACCAUUGCCGAUACAGAUACGGAUACAUACAUGAGGCAGCCAGCGAACUACAAAAGAUACAUGCCAUGUUCCCACUAACCAACCGCUCUUCGAGUGGCAAUCGCACCAACAACAAUACGAACAACAACCACAACAACAACAACAAUCAGACCACGAGCUUUAUAAUCGGAGGUACCAGCAAUAUUAACAACAACAACCACCAGAUCGGUGGCACCAACAACACUAAGGAUAAAGGAAAUUUUGAAAAUAAUUGGAGCUGCAAUAAAACAACCGGUCGUCGAUCUGGAAGUGGAAAUAGCUGCAGUUUUUUAGAUCUCCAGUCCAUUCGACGUCUCCUGGAACACGAUGCCAGUGGAUCCGUGUGCCCCUCCUGCCGCAUAUCCUUCGACAAGGGCAAGAGACGGAAACUGAUCGACACCUGUGGCCACGAGCGCUGCUAUUCCUGCAUGUUCCGCAACGACCAGUGCCCCAUGUGCAUGAACAGCUCGCUGAGAGAUGUUGAUGGCGCCAAUGCUCAGGGCUACGACACCGGAAUCGGUGGAUCCACAUCCACGAUUGUGAGUCCUCUUGGAUCCCCGCAGCCGCAGCUCAGAUCGCAUGCCCAAAGGAACGCGGCUCUGGCGCGCUAUAUGCAGCAGCACCGCCAGGAGUCACAGUCACCGGACUACCACCACCGCUAUGCGAGCAAUGGCAAACUGCCCCGGGCUGUGGCCUCUACCAAUGGCAAUGCAUUCUCCACCGGCACCGGCACCACGCAAACGGUCACCGUGGAUGUGCACCACCUGAGCGGAGGAGCCGUGGCCUCCGCCGCCAAGCAGCUGAUGGCCCACGGCAACGGCAUCAGUGGCCACAGUCGCAGCAGCAGCCUGAGCCACAACAUCCAUGCGUCGGCCUACAGCGAACUGAGUGCCGCACCACCGGCCUUUGCCACUCCGCCCACGCGUAGGCGGUUCUUCAACCACAAGAAUCUGCGCAGUGCCCUCACUGGAGGAGGUAAUGGAGGAUCUGGCGGAGGAUCAGGAGGAGGAGGAGGAGGUGCUGGCGGAGUGGGCGUCGGCCAUCGACGCACUGCCUCCAAUGGGGGCUGUCCCAUUGACACGGCAUCAAUCCUAUCAGGCGAUCAUCCGCAUCAGCAUCAUCACCAUGACAACCAGAAUGUGGGCAAGGAGUCGAAUGCCCUGAACACAUCGACCUGCUCGGAUUCGGCGGUCACAAGAAGGCGUCGCAAGAAUGUGAGCAAUCACAACCUGAAGACCUCGGCUCGCCAUGGAGCCAGCAGCGAAAAUCGCCUGAACAGGCUCAGUUUGGCCGGAACAUCCGUUUACGCCGGUCAUUUGUCCUCAUUGGUCUUCGGCAAGAUCAAGUCCCUGUGGAGCGUCAACUCCUCCAACUCGAGUGAGGCGGGACUGAACCAACUAGCAGGAAGCGACGCCCUGGACCACCACGCCUCGCUCCUGAACGACAAGCUGCAGAAGGACCAGCUGCACGCCCGCCUCGGCCUGCUGCUCAACGAUCCCGGCAGCAAUGGCAACAGCAGCUCCAGCGGCAGUGGCUGCGAGCCCAUCUCGGCCCACUCCACGACCAGCACCACCAGCAGCAGCGGCGUGGGAGCGGCCAGCACCACCACGAGCGGAUCCUCGCAGAACGUCAGUCCGGAGCAGACGCUGGCCAGCGGCGGCGGGCUGCUCAGCGGCAGCCAACUGUCGGUGGCCACCAGUCACGGGCUGAAGGAGGAUGCACUGAGUCUGUGUGGCAAGUUCAAGGCCGGCUGCUCCAUGCUGCACGUUUACGAAGCGCUUCCAAGCAAGAGUCGCAAAGGAAAUGUCCGGAGAUCGACACGUGGUCAGCAGGCAUCCGGUUCCAGCUCCUCUUCGGCAGCAGCAGCAGCGGGUAUCCAGGGAUCCAGGGUGACAGCCUCCACGCUGGCAGCAGUUCAACUGGCCCUCAAGCCGCUGUUUUUCGAGGUGCCGCUGCAGGAGCCGGAUCCGCCGUACGUGGGUCGCCAGUGGCUGGUGCAGCAGCUGUCCAACAUUCUGCUCGGCACGGAGACGCGUGUGGUGCUGAUCAACGGACAGCCGGGCACCGGCAAGACCGCCUUCUGCCUGCAACUGGUGGAGUACUCCUGCUUCGGCCGCCGGCAGAUGCAGGACGAUCCCGAUGGCAUCUACAGCCAGCUCCAGCUGGGCGCCCACUGUGAGCGCAUGCGGGGAUUGGCCUCCCACAUGGUGGGCUACCACUUCUGUCAGGCGGACGCCAAUCUCACCUGCCAGGUGCCGGACUUUGUGCACUCCCUGGCCGCCCAGCUGUGCCAAGCGCCCCAGCUGACCGCCUACAGGGACUACCUGCUGUCGGAGCCGCACCUCCAGGACAUCCUCAGUGUGCGCGAGUGCAUCGCCGAUGCGGAGCGGGUGAUGAAGCUGGCCAUACUGGAGCCACUGGCCCAGUUGCAUCGGGCGGGCAAGAUUCCCGCCAAGGUGGCCGUCAUCCUGGUGGAUGCCCUCUGCGAGGCGGAGUACCAUCGUCCCGAUCACGGCCACACAAUAGCCAGUUUCCUCGCCCAACUCACGCCACACUUUCCGGCCUGGCUGAAACUGGUGGCCACCGUGCGGACCCAGAUGCUGGAGCUGGUCAAGGCGCCCAGCUACACGCAGCUCACGUUGGACAGUUGGGGCCAGGCGCUGCAGCAGGACAUGCUUGACUACAUUGGCGCCCGACUGGCCGACAGCCCUGAGAUCCGGUUGAACAUUGGCGGUGGAGGAGGAGGAGGUGGCGGUGGCAGUGGAAGCCAGGCGGGCGGUCAGCCGCAGACAAAGUUCGUCUCGCAUUUGCAGUCUUUGAGCAGGGGCUCCAUGCUGUAUGCCAAGCUCAUACUGGAUCUCAUUGCCCGCGGCCAGCUGGUCAUCAAGUCGUCCAGCUACAAGGUGCUGCCCGUGUCCCUGGCCCAGAUCUUCCUGCUGCACUUCAAUCUGCGCUUUCCCACCGCCCGCAGUUUCGAGCAGGCCGCCCCCAUCCUCAACGUCUGUUUGGCCGCCCUAUAUCCGCUGACGCUGGACGAGAUCUACUACAGCAUGGAGGCGCUGGGCCACGGACGCGAGUCGCUCAGCUGGCCGGAGUUCAUGCAGCGCUUCAAGCUGCUGGAUGGGUUCCUCAUCAAGCGGCUGGACAACACGUACAUGUUCUUCCACAGCUCCCUGCGGGAGUGGCUGAUGCGGCGCGACGAGGGCGAGUCCAACAAGUUCCUCUGCGACGCUCGGCUGGGACAUGCGGCCAUCGCCUUCCGGCUGUCCCGUCUGCAGGCUCCGUUGUCGCCGCAGCUCACCCUGGAACUGGGCCACCACAUGCUCAAGGCGCACUUGUACGGCGGCACCAGUUUGACCCUGCUUUCGCCAAGGGAUCUGCAAUCGUAUUGGUUGGCUGGAGCGGCGGACAACAUCUCCUCCGCUUUGGGCGCAUUGCGCAAUGUGUACAGUCCGAACUUGAAGGUUUCCCGUCUGGUCCUCCUGGCCGGAGCUUCGCCAAAUCACCGCACUGACUACAUGGGCGGAGCUCCGAUCCUCUGCAUUGCUGCGCACGAGGGCAUCCUGCCCAUGGUCAGCUUGCUGCUGGAAUUCGGCGCCGAUGUGGGUCUGACCAACAGCCAGGGCUGUACUCCGCUCAUCCUGGCCGCCAUGCGUGGCCACUGCGACGUAGUGCGUCCGCUGGUGGCCGCCGGCAGCAGCCUCGGCCAGCUGGACAUCACGCAGCGCUGUGCUUUGGUCCAUGCCGCCCGGAUGGGUCACCUCAGUGUGGUCAAGUACCUGCUGGCCUGCGACUGGUCGCCGCGUCCCCACUCGCAGGAUGUCACCAGAUCGGAGGCCCUGCAACAGGCACUGAUUGGAGCCGCCGCCCAGGCGCAUUGCAAGAUCCUGGAGGAUCUGCUGGACCUCAACGAGAGCGAGUUCGACCUGGACGUGAAUGGCAUGGAGCCGAGCAGUGGCGAAUUGGCGCUAACCGCCGCCGCCCGUCACGGAUGCGUCGAUGUGGUGGCCAUUCUGUUGUCACGCGGCGCCCAGAUCGACGCCCGGAAUCGACAGGGAUACUCCGCACUGUGGCUGGCCGUCAAGGAGGGUCACUGGAGCGUGGUGGAGCACCUGCUGCAGCGGGGCGCUCUGCUGGACGAGCCGCUGGGCCAGACGCGCAAGACGCCGCUGAUGAUUGCGGCGGAGGAGGGCCAUCUGGAGCUGGUGGACCUGCUGCUGGCACGAGGAGCGGCCCGGGAGGCGCAGGAUCACGAGGGUUUCACGGCCCUCAGCUGGGCCUGUUUGCGGGGCCACUUGGCGGCGGCCAGGACGCUCAUUGAACAUGGCUGCAAUCGCCAUCACGAGGAUCACAACGGACGCACCGCCCUGGAUUUGGCCGCCUAUCAGGGAGCCGCCAGCCUGGUGCUCUACAUUCUCGAGCAGGGCGGCAACCUGGAGCACAUCGAUGUGCAUGGCAUGAGGCCGCUGGAUCGGGCCAUCGCCUGCCGCAACAUCCAGGCCGUGCAGGUGUUCCUGCGCAAGGGUGCCAAACUGGGACCCACCACGUGGAGCAUGGCCAUGGGCAAGCCAGAGAUUCUGGUGGUGCUGCUCAACAAGCUGCUGGAGGACGGCAAUGUGCUCUAUCGCAAGAAUCGCUUCCAGGAGGCCGCCCAUCGGUAUCAGUAUGCCCUGCGCAAGAUCUCCGGACUGGAGCAGCUGCUCGAGAGGAAUGCCAUCUUUGCCCAGCUGCGGACCAAUCUGCUGCUGAAUCUGUCGCGCUGCAAGCGAAAACUUAAUGAACUUGACGCCUCCAUAGAUUUGGCCACGCAGGCGAUUGCCCAGAAGCCGCACAGCUACGAGGGUUACUAUGCGCGGGCAAAGGCGCGCAUGGAGCUGGGAGCGUUGAACGAGGCACUGGUGGACGCCAAUGAGGCGAUGCAGCAGGCCGCCCAGAGCGGCGUACUCUGCGAGGUGGUCGAGGUGCUGAAGCGCAUCCAGACCGAGCUGCUCACCCGGAUCACCAUCAGCAGCGAGGAUCAGUCCGGCAGGAUGACCAGCGGCAUCGGCGGCGGGGCAUCCGUCGUUUACGAAUCUCACCACGAGAUCACCGAUUUGUAAAUGUCGAUUGUUGUUGUGUAGUGUAGUGUUGUACUCGUCGUAUCGCCUGCGAACUAAUCGCUAUUCUAUAACUUAAGAGCUACCCUAGACCUUAACUCACUGCUAUUUAUUGCCUUCGAAUUCGAAUGUUCUUAAUCUUAAAAACAAGCUAAAACUAUUUUUGUCUCUUUAAUUUUGUCUACGCAUGUAAAAAUUAGUUUUAUCCGCUGAUUUAUUAUAAGCAUCAGUUCUUACAGAUAACAAAUAUUAAAUAAAUGCGAAUUUUGUUAAGAAAA